AUGAAGGCGGCGAAGAAGCCGAUCCACGCCGUGACGUCAUGGGUUCGCCGGCAACCACCGAAGGUCAAAGCUUUUCUCGGCGUUGUUUCCGCCAUGACUGCUCUCGUUUUCCUGAGGAUGAUUGUUCACGACCACGACAACCUUUUUGUCGCUGCCGAGGCUGUCCAUUCCCUUGGAAUCUCCGUUCUCAUCUAUAAACUCACCAAGGAGAAGACUUGCGCAGGAUUAUCUCUGAAGUCUCAAGAGCUAACGGCUCUGUUUUUGGCCGUGAGAUUGUAUUGUAGUUUUGUGAUGGAAUUUGAUAUUCACACAUUGCUUGAUUCGGCUACAUUGUUGACUACACUUUGGGUUAUCUACAUGAUCCGUUUUAAGCUCAAAGCUAGUUACAUGGAAGACAAAGACAAUUUUGCUAUCUACUACGUCGUUAUUCCAUGUGCUGUUUUAUCUGUCCUGAUUCACCCAUCAACACAUCAUCACAUAAUCAACAAAAUCUCUUGGGCGUUCUGCGUUUACCUUGAAGCUGUUUCUGUCCUUCCUCAGCUUAGAGUCAUGCAAAACACUAAGAUCGUGGAGCCAUUCACAGCACAUUACGUAUUUGCAUUGGGGAUAGCUAGGUUCUUGAGUUGUGCUCACUGGGUCCUUCAGGUUUUGGACACUCGAGGGCGGUUAUUGACUGCUUUAGGAUAUGGAUUCUGGCCUAUAAUGGUCCUUCUCUCUGAGAUCGUCCAGACCUUUAUUCUCGCCGACUUCUGCUACUACUAUGUCAAGAGUUUAAUGGGUGGUCAGCUUGUUCUUCGUCUCCCAUCAGGCGUUGUGUAG